ACAUACAUGGUAAACUCUUGCUCCUUUAGUUGAGGUUUACGGUGUUUACGUAACGUCCAAGACGGAAGUGUCCGUCACACAAACGGUGACGUGCAGCCGGCAGGUUGACAAACAUGGCAGCUGGCUGGCUUCUUUACCAACUUGUACCCGCGUUACGCCGCAGGUGUUCCUCCCGCGCCUUCUCGUCCGCGGCGGCCGCCAGACAGUCUCACCGGGAGGCCGCUAAGCCCGCCGCUCUCACCGGGAAAGUGGACCGCUUCGGCGGGGUGACGGUGGACCUGGCAACCUGCCUGCCAGAGGACAUUGGAGAAAGUUGCUUUAGUGCCUUGCUAAAAGGGAGUGUGGCCCGGUGGAAGGAGGAGGGCAAGGUAGCCGUGUGGCUCCAGGUCCCCAUCGCCCUCAGCCGCUGUGCCGCCGCCGCCGCCGCCCACGGCUUCGUCUUCCACCACGCCCGCGAGCGCCACGCCGUCUUGGCACUAUGGGUGGGGGCAGGGCCGAGCAGACUGCCGGGCUUCGCUACACACCAAGUUGGAGUCGCAGGUGCCGUGGUUGACGAGUCCAACGGGAAAGUCCUGGUGGUGCAAGACAGGAACAAGACGAUGAACGCCUGGAAGUUUCCCGGCGGUUUGUCCGAUCCAGGGGAGAACAUCGGCGUGACGGCGGUGCGGGAGGUCUUGGAGGAAACGGGCGUGCGCUCGGAGUUCCGGUCCCUGCUGAGCAUCCGGCAGCAGCACCAGCACCCGGGCGCCUUCGGCAUGUCUGACAUGUACAUCAUCUGCCGCCUGAGUCCGCUGACCUACAACAUCCACUUCUGCACCCAGGAGUGUCUGCGCUGCGAGUGGCUGGACCUGGACCAGCUGGCCCGCACCGCCCAGACCACGGCCAUCACGUCCCGCGUGGCCCGGCUGCUGCUUCACGGCCUGGAGCGCGGCUUCCAGCACAUCGACCUCGCCGUCGAGGAGCUGCCGGCCGUCUACUCGGGGAUGUUCUACCAGCUCUACCACCGACCGCUUCCUCCGUCCCCGGCCUCUUAGUCCGGGACUGGACCCGCUUGUUCUGGCUGGCUGUGCAUUCACACUAAUGGACAUAAAUAACUGCUUAGACAACCAGUUGACCUCAGAUUUUCUGCCAUCCCAACUCAGCGACUCAACAGGAAGUACCAGACUUUAGCAGUGACAAAAUCCCAGGGCUCUCUUUGACCCUCGUUCUAACCCUUUGCAUUCAAAUGUUAACGUUAGCAUGCUAGCAUUUUACAGGUAUACAUUUCAGCAUCAAAUGCUACCUACUCCCCAUGAAAAAACUAUGAGAAGAUGCGUUACCCAGCCCAGAAGAAGCCCGGGACCCUCCUCCGGAGUUAGGUUCAGAGGAAGGGCUCGUCAGCGAGCGCCUAGGGGCCAGGUUGUCCACGUACCAAAAUAUAUUAUUCUGCGGUUUUGUACCUGAAAACAUUUGUUAUAAAAGUUAUCAUCGCAGAAUAAUACAGUUGGUAUUUUAGCAUGCUAGCUUUUUCUUUUUUUAGCUAAUUUUGCUACUAUACAUUUCAGCGUCAAAUGCUACCUGCUAAAAAUAUGUUUAAAAGAAAAAAGUUAGCUUGUUACCUAAAAAAAAUGUGUUAUAGAAGUUAACAAGCUAACUUUUUUCAAAACUAAUUUUUAGCAGGUAGCAUUUGAUGCUGGAAUGUAUACCUGUAAAAUUAGCUUUAAAAAUAAAAGCUAGCAUGAUAAAAUACCAACUGUAGCAUGAAUCAAACACCAAAAUAUACUAUUCUGCGAUGAUACUUGAAAAAAUUUAUAUUUAAUAUUAUUAUAUAUAAUGGUGUUUGAUUCAUGCUACAGUUGGUACUUUAGCAUUCUAGCUUUUUUAGCUAAUGUUACUAGUAUACAUUUCAGCGUCAAAUGCUACCUGCUAAAAAUGUUUUUAAGAAAGUUAGCUUGUUAACUUUAAUAACAUUUGCUUUCAGGUAUACAACACAGAAUAAUACAUUUUAGUGCGGAAUUCAUGCUACAGUUAGUAUUUUAGCAUGCUAACUUUUUUAGCUAAUUUUACAGGUAUAUAUUUCAGCUAAAAACGUGUUUAAAAAAAAGUUAGCCCGUUAACUUUUACAACACAUUUUUUCAGGCAACAAGCUUAACUCUUUUUAAAACACAUUUUUAAUAGGUAGCAUUUGACCCUGAAAUGUAUAAUGAGCUAAAGAAAAAAAAACUAGCAUGCUAAAAUACCAACUGUAGCAUGAAUCAAGCACCAGAAUAUAUCAUUCUGCGGUUUUAUACCAGAAAAAAUGCAUAUAAGUCCCUUCUGCUGGUGCUGCUGUUCCAACAAAGCACUGAUAAAGUACAGGGCACUGGCCACAAUAAAGUGAUAAAGUACAGGGCACUGGCCACAAUAAAGUGAUAAAAUACAGGGCACUGGCCACAAUAAACUGAUAAAGUACAGGGCACUGGCCACAAUAAAGUGAUAAAGUACAGGGCACUGGCCACAAUAAAGUGAUAAAGUACAGGGCACUGGCCACAAUAAACUGAUAAAGUACAGGGCACUGGCCACAAUAAAGUGAUAAAAUACAGGGCACUGGCCACAAUAAAGUGAUAAAGUACAGGGCACUGGCCACAAUAAACUGAUAAAGUACAGGGCACUGGCCACAAUAAACUGAUAAAGUACAGGGCACUGGCCACAAUAAAGUGAUAAAGUACAGGGCACUGGCCACAAUAAAGUGAUAAAGUACAGGGCACUGGCCACAAUAAAGUGAUAAAGUACAGGGCACCGGCCACAAUAAAGUGAUAAAGUACAGGGCACCGGCCACAAUAAAGUGAUAAAGUACAGGGCACCGGCCACUAUAAAGUGAUAAAGUACAGGGCACCGGCCACUAUAAAGUGAUAAAGUACAGGGCACCGGCCACAAUAAAGUGAUAAAGUACAGGGCACUGGCCACGAUAAAGUGAUAAAGUACAGGGCACUGGCCACGAUAAAGUGAUAAAGUACAGGGCACUGGCCACGAUAAAGUGAUAAAGUACAGGGCACUGGCCACGAUAAAGUGAUAAAGUACAGGGCACUGGCCACGAUAAAGUGAUAAAGUACAGGGCACUGGCCACGAUAAAGUGAUAAAGUACAGGGCACUGGCCACGAUAAACUGAUAAAGUACAGGGCACUGGCCACGAUAAAGUGAUAAAGUACAGGGCACUGGCCACGAUAAAGUGAUAAAGUACAGGGCACUGGCCACGAUAAAGUGAUAAAGUACAGAGCACUGGCCACGAUAAAGUGAUAAAGUACAGGGCACUGGCCACGAUAAAGUGAUAAAGUACAGGGCACCGGCCACGAUAAACUGAUAAAGUACAGGGCACUGGCCACGAUAAAGUGAUAAAGUACAGGGCACUGGCCACGAUAAAGUGAUAAAGUACAGAGCACUGGCCACGAUAAAGUGAUAAAGUACAGGGCACUGGCCACGAUAAAGUGAUAAAGUACAGGGCACUGGCCACGAUAAACUGAUAAAGUACAGGGCACUGGCCACGAUAAAGUGAUAAAGUACAGGGCACUGGCCACGAUAAAGUGAUAAAGUACAGAGCACUGGCCACGAUAAAGUGAUAAAGUACAGGGCACUGGCCACGAUAAAGUGAUAAAGUACAGGGCACUGGCCACGAUAAACUGAUAAAGUACAGGGCACUGGCCACGAUAAAGUGAUAAAGUACAGGGCACUGGCCACGAUAAAGUGAUAAAGUACAGGGCACUGGCCACAAUAAAGUGAUAAAGUACAGGGCACUGGCCACUAUAAAGUGAUAAAGUACAGGGCACUGGCCACUAUAAAGUGAUAAAGUACAGGGCACUGGCCACAAUAAAGUGAUAAAGUACAGGGCACUGGCCACAAUAAAGUGAUAAAAGAUCUCCAACAAACAUUAAAGGAGCUCAGCUUCCUUUGAAGUAUUCUAAGUACUUUGAAGUAUUCUAAGAGUUAAUAAAACCUUGAAAUGUU